GCCGAUUUAACGACUUGUCCACAAGUCUAGGUCACAUCCCCCUUUGCGACACUGGUAGGGAAUACAUGUACUGAGUGUAGGCCUACCACUUUCUUUGUAUUGUAACUGUAGGUCGUACCACACUGUUAUAAUACGGAUCAUGCUCUCAUAUAAACCAGCUGUUGAUUACCGUACUGCGGGCAGGUUGUUGCUGAAAUGAUUGCAAAUUCUGCAAUGAGAGAGUAAGCUGCAGUACGAACAUUUACCAUGGGGCUGUUAUUUACAAUUGUCUGCUCUCUCUUGGCCGGUAUUUUAGCCGUCGUGGUCUUCAUUCUCUGGACGUACCCAACUUUAUUCAAUGACCUCUCCGAAUUCCUCCAUGUGUUGAGGUCAGUUCUCAAACCAAUCGAGAAAGUGAAAAGCAAAGGGUAUUUAUUUGUGGAUGUGUUUGAAAGCAAAGUGAGGGACAACCCGAAGAAACCUCUCAUCCUGUUCAAAGAUGAGGUGCACACAUACAGUGAUGUGGAUCGAACUGCAAAUAAGGUUGCCAACUACCUAAGAGGGAACAAGAUUGUCCAGUUCGGAGACGUCGUAGGUAUCUUCAUGCAAAAUGAGCCAGCCUACGUGUCUACAUCCAUUGCCCUUCUCAAGUUGUACGUUACGGGAGCUCUUCUUAACAUCAAUCUUCGAGGAGAGACUCUCCUUCACUGCAUCCGAGUUGGUCAGAUGAGGAAGAUCAUAUGCGGUCAUGAUCCAGCGUUGAUCGAAGCAAUGCGGGAAAUACAAUCCGAGCUGGAAGCAGACAACAUCAGUGUAUUUGUCAUUAAGGAGGCGGGAGAUGAUACCUCCCUCGCCGCUGGGUUCUUGACCGUCGAUUUGGCGUCUCCCCUUGCGUCUUCUGACGUCAUACCGCGGGAUGUACGGAAGGGGGCUUCGUACUCGGACCCCGCCCUCUACUUUUACACUUCGGGAACUACUGGAAUGCCCAAAGCAGCGCGAUUCACACAGGAAAAGGUUGUCGUAGGAGGAAUGAUCUUACAGUUGUACCAUCUUGGGCCAUCUGACGUCAUGUACAUUCCGCUACCGUUGUUUCAUAGUGCAGGGAUGGUGAUUGGACUGUGCAAUGUCAUAAGUUCUGGAGGAACUGUUGUACUACGAACCAAGUUUUCAGCUUCGCAAUUUUGGAACGACGUAAGACAGUACAAGGCAAAUGUUGUUCAGUACAUUGGUGAGAUAUGUCGGUAUCUCCUCGCUCAACCCAAGUCGGAUCUUGAUGGGAAAUACAGCCACACCGUCCGCCUGGCUAUAGGUAACGGGCUUGGCGAGGACAUUUGGGUGGACUUCAAAGAGCGUUUCAACAUCAAGCAGAUUGGCGAGUUCUACGCAGCCAGUGAGGGCAACCGUGGUUUCUUCAACCUGGACGGCACAGUUGGGGCUGUAGGGACGUACCCCCCACUUAUGAAGAAACUUGCGGGUGGUAUUGAGAUAAUAGAUUGCAAUUGGGAAACGGCAGAACCAAUCCGAGACGCCACAGGAAAGUGCAUCAUUCUACCUAAAGGUAAAACGGGUCUAUUGGUGACGAAAAUCACCCGCGAAGCCCCUUUCAGUGGCUAUGUAGCCGGCCGGUCUGCAAACGAGAAGAAGGUCGUGAAGGAUGUCCGUGUAAAGGGGGACUAUUACUUCAAUACCGGGGAUCUUAUGCUGAUUGAUGAAACAAGUCACGUCUUCUUUAAAGACAGACUUGGAGAAACAUUUAGAUGGAAAGGAGAGAAUGUAUCCUCAUCUGAAGUAGCAGCAGUUUUAACUGAGUUGUCAUUCAUCACAGAGGCAGUAAUUUAUGGAGUCAAAGUCAAAGGGUAUGACGGACGAGUAGGAAUGGCGGCCAUUGCCAUUCAAGACGAGGACCAAGCCUCGCAAUGGAAACAGCUCUACACCCACGUCAUCAAACGACUGCCCCUGUACGCAUGUCCGAAACUGAUCAGGAUCAAAGGUCAAAUGGAGACUACCAACACGUACAAGUACCGGAAGGUAGCAUUGGUGAAGGAGGGAUUCGAACCGGAGGCAUGCAUGCCGGAUCGGUUGUUCUUUAUGGACAAACCAACCGAGACAUAUGUUACACUGGAUGCAAGUUUGUAUGACAAGAUCAUUAACAAAGAAACCAUUGUUCAUUGAUCAUUGAUGUUAGUUU